AUGGAACAGAUCCCAGGAUUUGCUGUCCAGACAGCCCAGAAGCAGUGCAAGAAAUCCUCCUUCGCCUUCUACCAGGCAGUGAGGGACCUGCUGCCCGUCUGGUUCCUGGAGGACAUGCGGACCAUGGAGGCCUUCCACUGGGAGGACGGGGGCAAGGUGAGCGCGUACUCACCCUCGGAGGCCCUACUCUACGCGCUGGUGCACGACCACCAGCCCUACGCCCGGCACCUGCUGACUAAGUUCCCUCAGAGCGCCCUGGCCGUGCCCAGCCAAAACUUCAGCUGCUGCCAGUCCUCGGCCCCGCACCUGGCCAUGGCCGUCCGCUACAACCGGGCCCGCAUCCUCUUCCGAAUCCUCAAGGCCAUCCAAGCCUUCCCGCCAAGCGACAGAGCCGGCCACCUGGACCGCCGGGGCUGCAGCCGCGUGGAGGGCGGCAAGACGGCCUUGCACGUGGCCUGCGAACUGGUGCGGCCCGAGUGCUUGCUCCUGCUGCUCGGGCAUGGCGCGUCACCCUGCUUGCAGGACAGUGCCGGGAAUACCCCCCUCGACACCUUGCUGGAGCAGAUUUCCCACAUGCCGGCAGCUAACAUGCGUGCCAAGCUCCUCUGCCUUGACUGCCUCUUCUUCUUCGUGCCUCAGGACCUCCAGUUCUCAAUGAAACAGCAGCUGUUGGACAACCGGCAGCAGUGGCAGGACCUCCUGGGGGAGAACAGGUUCCAAUGCCUGGUGGGCUUGGCUCCCCCGUCGCUGUUUGUCGGAGCCAUGCGUGUCUUGAUCAGGACCAUUUCACCUGAGCAUUUCCCAGAGGCUCUGGAUGAUCUGCCUCUGCCUCAUUUUCUAAAGCCUUUGGACUUGAAACUGGAGAGCUAGAGGGGUGGUAUGAGCCUCCUGCUCACCUGACAGAAAUAGACUGUUGUGCUAAAAAUGCAUCAGUACAUGAAGCUGCUAAUGCAGUGGCCAAGUAUCUGUUUUAAUUAGAACUGUAUUUUUUAAAGGAAUUGUAUCAGGCACUUUACAAUAUAUUUUAUUUAAAGAUCCUUGUGAGGUGAGGUCUGCACUGCAUUUUAUAAAAACAUUCUAUGGCAUGUACAAAUAAGGGUAUGGGGGACAAUUUGUAAAUACAUCUGAAUAAACCAGUGGCAGAUGUGAUCAAAAUACAGAUUGAGUGACUGAAAACCCUGAAGUGGCAGGUGCCUUGGAAGAGCAUGCGCAGGGUGGGGGAGUAUCUUGUCGUUAGGAUUUCCCUGUUACAUAAGCCUCAUGGUCCUGGAACAGGAUGACUCCUUUUUUACAGCUCUCCUAAUACAUCUUGGCAGGGAUGCAGGAUUUUUUUUUAAAGGCACAGAUGAAAACUUCAUCAUCUUGUACACAAGACCAAAAAGAAGCCAAAUACUAUUAAAGCUUCCCUAAACAAGGCU